AUGCGGGUGUGCACAGCAUGGGUGCGGAAACACUUGGUCCGCUGCCAGUUUGCAAAUCUGCAGGGGAACUUGGAGGCUCAAGUUAUCGUCGCGGUCCGAGGGAUGCGUCUUGACAACGCUCCGACAACCACGGGCUCGCAUAAGGCAUGCCCCCAGCAGCACUCCUUCCGCAUGGCUGCCAAGCAGUUUGCCAAAGGUCCGGUCACCAUCCAUUUGGCUGCUUCCGGUGAUCUGGAGCGGCUGGGGUCCAGCUUUGCGAACUUCGAGCGCUUCAAAGGUCCUUCCCCUCCGCAGGAUGUGCUCGUGCCAUUUUCGGAGAGAGAGGGAGAGCACAGAUCACUGCAGUGUCGCAAAACAGCCCCGGAGCAGGCCGCACAGCCGUUUGACUAUGCAUUCCCCACUCCGAGUCGAAGGGAAGAACGUCGUGCUCGAAUGGCGAUGACCUUCUCCAGCCCGCUUCACGGAGUCACGUCACAGCGAAGCGCGCAGUUUGCCGACUUCCUACGGGCCAAAGGCACGUUGCCCUCGCGUCUCCCAACUCGGAUGUGUCAAUCCCGAAGUGCAUCGGAAUUGUUUGCAGAACCGCGGAUGUCUUUGCUGUCGCAGCAAGUUCCAGACAGAGAAAACACUAUAUUGCCGUCUUGGACAGACCGGAAGCUGCAGACGACUAUGGUUUGGACUGGCAUGGAAAGAGAAAGAUGGGACGUUAUUGUAAGGACGAGAGGCUGUGCCUCUUAUAUGGUUCAUGUUCAGUCGAGAAGACCGCGGAGGCUCUCCUUGCAGGCGAAGUGGCUCAGAACUGUUGGAUUGGUCGCGGCCGUCGCACCCGUCACAUGGCAAGCAGCCAAGUGCUCUCCGGGCAGAUCGGCCCUGGAUUUGCUCUUUGUGCUGCUGGAGCAGGAGGAAGUGCAGGCUGCAGCCGGCUGCAGGCAAGCCACUCUGGCCUUCUCGGACCGGCGGCUGCAAUCACUUUCGUCCUCCAUGCUGGAGGGGCUCACCUCGCUCCCAUGUGGAGUGGUCAAUGAAGGGGUCAGCGAAGACGCCAAGGUGGAGCUCGUGUGGCCACAGGAGGCUUCAGAAGACAUGGGAAGGCGGAAAAGGAAGCGGAAACCAGUCAAAGUCAUCCUCACGCUCGGAUCACUGCGUCGGACAAUGCCGGCUGCUCCCAGAAAGCAUCUUCUGCAGUUGCCUCAGAUGCACUCCUCGGUGCAGCCUCGGGGCAUGGCUAGUGCAGCACUUCUACGUGUCGUCCUUGAAAUUGCAACAGUGGUGCCCCGGGCCCUGCCCCAUACUUGCACUCAUUCAUUUGAGAGCCAGAGCCAGGCUCG